AGCCUCCGGCUGGUCCCUGGAUGCUCAGCCUCGCUACCUCCUGGUGCAGCAUCUCCUGCAAAGACAGCCCCGCCGCCGCACGGGGUGCCCGGUGGGCGCGAGACUCCGAGGCAUUGGCUCCGUAACUUUUCACGUCAUUUUCUGCUCCGGAUCCCCUGGUAGCCGGUCCGUGCCUCCUCCCGCCUCAGAGCGCGGCGCCCAUGGGGCAGGGGCCGAGCCGCUUGCAGCACUGAGUGGACCCGGGCUGGAGCCAGGGAUGUCCGGCACCAAACUGGAGGACUCCCCCCCUUGUCGCAACUGGUCAUCGGCUCCGGAGCUGAAUGAAACUCAAGAGCCCUUUUUAAACCCCACCGACUAUGACGACGAGGAAUUCCUGCGGUACCUGUGGAGAGAGUACCUCCACCCCAAAGAAUACGAGUGGGUCCUGAUCGCCGGCUACAUCAUCGUGUUCGUGGUGGCGCUUAUUGGGAACGUCCUGGUUUGUGUGGCCGUGUGGAAGAACCACCACAUGAGGACGGUGACCAAUUACUUCAUUGUCAACCUUUCUCUGGCUGAUGUGCUUGUGACCAUCACCUGCCUUCCAGCCACGUUAGUUGUGGACAUUACUGAGACCUGGUUCUUCGGACAGUCCCUCUGUAAAGUGAUUCCUUAUUUACAGACCGUGUCGGUGUCCGUGUCUGUCCUCACGCUGAGCUGCAUUGCCUUGGACCGGUGGUAUGCUAUCUGCCACCCUCUGAUGUUUAAGAGCACAGCCAAGCGGGCCCGGAACAGCAUCGUCAUCAUCUGGAUCGUGUCCUGCGUCAUCAUGAUCCCUCAGGCCAUCGUCAUGGAGUGCAGCACCAUGCUGCCCGGUUUAGCCAAUAAAACUGCUCUCUUUACCGUCUGUGAUGAGCGCUGGGGAGGUGAAAUUUACCCCAAGAUGUAUCACAUCUGUUUCUUCCUGGUUACGUACAUGGCACCACUGUGUCUUAUGGUGUUGGCCUAUCUACAAAUAUUUCGUAAACUCUGGUGCAGACAAAUUCCUGGAACAUCUUCUGUCGUCCAGAGAAAAUGGAAGGCCCUGCAGCCUCUUUCACAGCCUCGGGGGCCGGGACAGCAGACCAAAUCCAGGAUUAGCGCCGUGGCCGCUGAAAUAAAGCAGAUCCGAGCCAGACGGAAAACAGCCCGGAUGUUGAUGGUUGUGCUCUUGGUGUUUGCAGUUUGCUAUCUCCCAAUUAGCAUCCUCAAUGUACUAAAGAGAGUGUUUGGGAUGUUUACCCACACGGAAGACAGAGAGACUGUAUAUGCCUGGUUUACAUUUGCACACUGGCUUGUAUAUGCCAACAGUGCUGCGAACCCAAUUAUUUAUAAUUUUCUCAGUGGAAAGUUUCGAGAGGAAUUUAAAGCCGCAUUUUCUUGCUGUUGCCUUGGGGUUCAUCACCGCCAGGAGGACCGGCUGGCCAGGGGACGGACGAGCACGGAGAGCCGCAAGUCCCUGACCACGCAGAUCAGCAACUUUGAUAACGUGUCGAAACUGUCUGAGCAGGUGGUUCUCACGAGUAUCAGCACCCUCCCAGCGGCCAACGGCGCCGGGCCCCUCCAGAACUGGUAG